UUUAUAAUAAUAAAAUAAUAUUGCUGCUUAAAGUUACCUAUAUAAUUUUUUAUAGUUUCAAGUCUGUACGAAUAUAAUCUUAAACUCUGGUUAUUAGUUAGUACUUAGUAUUUUAUUAGUGACUUUUAAGUUAAAUAGUUUAUGAAAAACUAUCAAUACUUACUGUAUUUAUUCUAUAAGGAGUAACGUCUUACACACUGACACUAUUAUAAUUUUACAUUAUUCUAUUAUCUACUUAUAUGAAGAAAAUGAUGAGACAAUCGCAGGUUGUCCGUCCUCAUAAUUUGGAUGAAUAUUUAUUGAAUUUAUUAAAAAGUAUCUACAAAACUAGAAAUCUAUCCGUAGAAGUAGGAAGUAUCUCAAUGGUUGACUUCUGCACCUUUAUAUUCAUAUUUCCGAGUUAAUACCUUAAAGGUUACACCGUUAGAAGUUAUGACUUCCAUAAACGAACAAAUAUCAAAUUUGAAACGACUUAAAAAUAACAAAAAAGAACAACAUUUAGUUAGAGUGCAUAAACAUUUGAGCGAUUGUAUAGUAAUAUCACCAAUGGACAAGUCAUUAUUAGAUUUAAGUCAUAAAAAUGAAGAAGUGAUUGUUGACAUUCCCACUGGGCAAUCUGCAUUACGAGGCUCUCACAUAUUUGCGCCUGGGAUUAUGGCUAUAGCACCUGAAGUACAAGUUGAUUCAUUUAUAUCAGUUUAUGCAGACUUAGCCAAAGGGUGUAAACGAGGCUAUCAAAAAUAUUAUGAUAAUCCAAUGAAGAUGUUUGUUGGCAAUGGAAUUGCCAAAAUGAAUCGUCGACAGUUAUUUAAUGGUGAUAUAAAUCCUAAAGGUAUUGCGGUUGAGAUGACUGACCCUGUUACAGGUAUCCCUUCAUUCAAAUUGCCUGAUGAAUAUGGGAUGCUACAGAAUUUACCUUCAAUUGUAACUGGAUAUGCACUUGAUGUCAAUGAAAACAACCUUAAAGUAUUAGAUAUGUGUGCAGCACCUGGAAAUAAGACUACACAUAUAGCAACCUUAAUGAAUAAUAAAGGUUCAAUAGAUGCAAUAGAUAAAUCAAAAACAAAAUUAAAAAAAGUUGAACUUCGAUGCAACAAUUUUGGAAUACAAAAUGUGAAGAUUCAUCAUUUUGAUUCUUUGAUUAGUCUAGACACAAACAAUAUAAAUAAUAAUGACGAUAGACCACCAUUUAAAAAUGAAUCAUUUGAUCGUGUAUUAUUGGAUGCACCGUGCAGUAAUCUUGGACAACGGCCAUUGCUUAAUAUUCAAGUUGAUAAAAAUCUUAUAAAAAGUUUUCCUGCCUUACAAAGAAAAUUAUUAAUAAAUGCUGUAGAUCUUGUUAAGCCUGGUGGUAUUUUAGUUUACAGUACGUGUACAAUUACGCUAGAAGAGAAUGAACACAAUGUAGCUUGGGUUCUUGAAAAGUUUCCACAAAUGGAACUAAUUGAAAUAAAUUCUGAAAUUGGUAGUCCAGGAAUUGCAACUCAAGUGGGAUUAAAUGAAAAUUUAUGUAAACUUGUAAGGCGCUUUGGUCCUGAAAAUGCUGAAGAAGAUUCUAUUGGAUUUUUUAUAUCAAAGUUUCAAAAAAAAGUUAAAUAAAUUUGUUGACAUAUUGUUAUAUUACAGAAUAAAAAAAAUAUAAAAUCA